AUGUCCAUUAGCAUCUUAGUUAUCAAUCCUAAUUCUUCAGAAAAGGUUACUAAAAACCUAGAAGCCAUACUUAAACCGCCUCCUUACACCAUAUUUGACUUCUAUACCGCACCGCCAGAUGGCCCACCAGAGAUUACCCCAGAAUUAUCUGAAUUAUCCGCUAAAGUGGCACUCCCGGAUUUGUUGGCUAAAGAUGUCAUCAACAAGUACGAUGGUUUCUUAGUCUGCUGUUACUCUGAUCAUCCACUAGUAUAUCAUUUGGCUAAGCAUACGUCCAAGCCAAUCUUGGGGAUCAUGCAAGCUACGUUGUUAUAUGCACUCCUGCAAGCUAGUGUUAACAAGCUGUUUAUCUUAACUAGUGUUAACGAAUGGGAGCCAGUCUUAGAUAAGGGAAUCACUGAUUUUGUAGGUUCUGACUCAUUUCCCUACAAAAAGUUCCAAAAAACGAAGGGCUUGGAUGUUAAUGUGUUAAGCUUAAGCGACCCCCAGGAAUUUGCCAAAAUUGUCAAUAGAGUUAAGAGCAUUUUUGACGAAUACAAGGCAGAUAAGAUCGACUGUGUUUUAUUGGGGUGUGCAGGAAUGGCAGGUUUAGAUGAAAAAUUAACAGAAGCGUUCCCUAACGUGCAAUUUAUUGAUAGUGUCAAGGUAGGGGUUGAUUUACUAGGAGGUUUGAUUAGAUUUAAGAGCGUGUUGCCAUAA